UACAUAGACUCCCUUGACCUGCGGUCUUUCCUGUACGGCGGGGUCAAUGUGACUGGCUUCCGGUUACCCAUACACAAGAUGGCGUUCAGCAAGAUGGAGUCGACCUUCACCGAGGCAUUCAUGAGGAUUUCCGUAGGUUCUGCUUUCUUUAUGACAGACGCAGCACUAGCUAGCGACGGCCUCAAGCUGAUCCACCAAGCCUUGUCGGACCUGGUGAAACCUCCCAGUUCCCGGAACGUGCUGCGGACACUGACCAGUGCCAGUUUCUACGGCAAUGGCAGUCGGGAGGUCAAGUGCUGGAGGCAGCCACCGGUUCCCUGGACGUAUGGAUCCAGGAUCAGGGAAUCUCUGUUGAAGACGGUUGUAUCGGGAUUUACCGGGCCCCUAGCUCUAGAUGCCAACGGGGUCAGAGUGGGUUACCAGCUGGAUCUGAUGCACCUGGAGUAUCGGACCCCGCUGAGGAAAGUCGGCACCUGGACACGGAAGGCUGGGGUAGCGACCAGUCUUCCACAUCCUCAGCCGGAGAUGUUGUCCCUUGAUGCCAACAGGACGCGAGUUGUUACUACAAUAUUGGAAAACCCGUUUGUAAUGAUCAGAUGUCCAAAAGAUGGGACUCCGUGCAACGGCAAUGACAGAUUUGAAGGAUACUGCGUCGACCUGCUAAAGCUGAUCGCAGCUAAAAUCCACUUUGACUAUGUGAUUGAGCUGGUGGCCGACGCUUCCUACGGGGCCCGGCUGCCGGACGGAACCUGGAAUGGCAUGAUGGGAGAACUGCUCAGCGGGAAAGCUGACAUGGCCAUUGCCUCAAUGACCAUCACGGAGAUCCGAGAAAGGUACGUGGACUUUUCCAAGCCCUUCAUGCAGCUGGGCACCUCAAUCAUGAUCAAGAAGCCAGAGAAGGAGAAAGGUGGCGUCUUCUCGUUCAAGGUGUGCCCACUUCUCAUCUGUGUUAUUGCUUCAGGUUUUAUUAAUCCCCUGUCCAACGGAGUUUGGCUGGCCAUUAUCGGUUGCUUCAUCGGCGUCAGCAUAGUCCUGUUCCUGGUGGGUCGCUUCAGCCCAUACGAGUGGGCUAGCGGCGCUGCAAAGUCUUCAGACAAGGCCAAACCGGCGUUCAGCAUUGCCAACACCGUGUGGUUUGCUUUGGGUGCCUUGAUGCAGCAAGGCUCCGAUAUUUAUCCCAAAUCCAUCUCAGGUCGUAUUGUCGGCACUGCCUGGUGGUUUUUCACCCUCAUCAUCAUCUCCUCCUACACAGCGAAUUUAGCAGCCUUUCUGACGAUUGAGCGCAUGGAGAUCCCUGUCAAUUCUGCAGACGAUCUUCUGAAGCAGUCGGAAAUCCAGUACGGUAUUAUAGCCAAUGGGUCCACGGAAGAAUUUUUCAAGAACUCAAACGUCACCGUGUACAGUAAGAUGUGGAACUACAUGAAGGACGCCCAGCCCUCAGUGUUCGUCAAAACCACACAGGAGGGGGUGGAUCGGGUUCGACAGUCUAAGAGGAAGUACGCCUUCUUGCUAGACUCCACCUUCAACGAAUACCACAACCAGCGAAAACCAUGCAACACGAUGAUGGUUGGCCGUAACCUUGAUGUCAAAGGCUAUGGCAUCGCCACCCCAAGGAACUCUGACCUCAGGGCCGCCAUCAACAUCGCAGUGUUGGAGCUGAACGAGGUCGGGGACCUACUGCGGCUCUACCAGAAAUGGUGGUACGAGAAGGGACAGUGUGCGGCCGACUCGGGCAAGGAGACAACCACGAGCGCCCUGACCUUGAGCAACGUGUCGGGGAUAUUCCAUAUCCUCAUCGCCGGCCUCAUUCUCGCCAUGAUCACCGCCCUUAUCGACUUCCUGGUCAAGCGUAAGUUACGUCACAGGAAAAAGAUCAAGGUAAGUGU